UUAAGGUGAGGGAGUGAAAUUCAGGGAUGGGUUUGAGAGUUUCUGGACGCUGAAGAAACCACCGGAGCAUUAGCUCGUAGGCCUAGAGUUGACAGCGUGGAGCCUCGCCUGACCCGGGACCUACCACUGAAUAAAUCCAAUCCAGGGUGCGGCGACUCACUGGCUUCAUGAGAGAUAGGCGUACCUCGUCAACCGGUCCUUUCAGUUGCAGUGCAGUGUUAAUACAAGGUUGUGGAGAAGGGAGAGAGCGGUCUUGAGAGAAACGCGUUCUGUUUUACGAAGAUUCCAAGGCUAUGUCCUUUAAGGGGUCGCAACGGCCGCUGGGGUCUCCGCUGUCUCGCGAGGAGGGCGAAACGACCCCGCGUGCUCCGGCUCCGGAGGGCCCGCGGAGAAGUCGCCGGGUGCGCCUUCGCGGAUCCUGCCGUCACCGCCCUAGCUUCCUAAACCGCCAGGAGCUUGCCUCCAGCGUACCAGUCAGGCAUGCGCCGACAUUCUCCGAGGUAAUGUCAUCAGCACCCAAGGAAUUUAAAAUGGACAACUUUUCACCUAAAGCUGGCACUAGCAAAUUGCAACAGACAGUACCAGCUGAUGCAUCUCCUGAUUCUAAGUGUCCUAUUUGCUUGGAUAGAUUUGAUAAUGUGUCUUACUUAGAUCGCUGUUUACAUAAGUUCUGUUUUCGCUGUGUACAGGAGUGGUCUAAAAACAAAGCUGAAUGUCCACUAUGUAAACAGCCCUUUGAUUCUAUUUUGCAUUCUGUGAGGGCAGAAAAUGACUUUGAGGAGUACUUCCUAAGACCUCCAUAUAAUGAAGGGGUCGUCAGGGGUUCUUUUGCUACCCCUGAUGUUCAGCGAUUCCGCUACCGUACAACUGUGACAAGAGAGCGAAGUGCUUUUUAUUCACCCACUAGUACCAUAAAUAGAAGAACAACAACUCCACCAGAUAGUGGAGUACUAUUUGAAGGAUUAAGCAUUUCAACAAGACCCAGAGAUGGUGAAAUUUCUCAGUUAAUGAGACAGAUUCCAAGGAGGCCAACUACUACAGAUGAAAGAUCUUUGCGGAAAAUUCAGGAACAGGAUAUUAUUAAUUUUAGGCGAACUCUUUAUCGAGCUGGUGCCCGUGUUAGAAAUAUUGAAGAUGGUGGUCGCUACCGAGAUAUUUCAGCUGAAUUCUUUCGUAGAAAUCCAGCUUGUCUUCACAGAUUGGUCCCCUGGUUAAAACGUGAACUUACCGUUCUUUUUGGAGCUCAUGGAUCUUUAGUGAAUAUAGUGCAGCACAUUAUCAUGAGUAAUGUUACUCGAUAUGACUUGGAGAGUCAGGCCUUUGUGUCUGAUUUAAGGCCCUUUUUACUGAAUCGGACUGAACAUUUUAUACAUGAAUUUAUCAGUUUUGCUCGAUCUCCUUUUAACAUGGCUGCUUUUGAUCAACAUGCUAAUUAUGAUUGCCCUGCUCCUUCCUAUGAAGAAGGUAGCCAUUCCGAUUCUUCAGUCAUCACAAUAUCUCCAGAUGAAGCUGAGACCCAAGAGCUGGAUAUUAACGUAGCCACUGUUAGUCGGGCACCGUGGGAUGAUGAAACUCCAGGGCCAUCUUACUCAAGCUCAGAGCAGGUACAUGCUGUCAUGUCUUCCCUGUUAAAUACUUCCGAUAGUUCGGAUGAAGACCUUGUAACAGGAAGAGCCACAUCUCAGGUACCAGCAGUGCAAACCAGUGAGGACCUGAAUAAUGACAGUGAUUCUUCUUCAGAUAAUUGUGUCAUUGUUGGGUUUGUUAAGCCAUUAGCUGAGAGGACCCCAGAACUUGUUGAACUGUCCUCAGAUUCUGAGGAGUUAGGCUCUUAUGAGAAAAUAGAGACUGUGAAGACACAGGAACGAGAGCAGUCUUACACUUCUGGUGAUAGUGAUGGUAGUAGAUGUUCAUCUCCACACUCUGUCCUUGGAAAGGACGAGGAAAUAAAUAAAGGUCAUUGUGAUUCUGGUACAAGAAUUAAGUCAAAAAAGGAAGAGAAACGAUUUACGUUACUAUCCUCUCCCAGAGACCUGAGCUCAUCUGUCAGAGGAGACAGAGUAUAUUCCCCAUAUAACCACAGGCAUAGAAGGAGGGGAAGAUCAAGAAGUUCAGAUUCACAUUCCCAGAGUAGAAGUGGGCAUGAUCAGAAGAAUCGAAGAAAGCACCAUGGUAAGAAAAGAAUGAAAAGAAAACGAUCCAGAAGCAGGGAAAGUAGUAGACUUAGGAGUAGAAGAGACAAAAAAAGAUCAAGAGAUAGUAGUUGGUCGAGAAGAAGCCAAACUCUUUCUCUAAGUAGUGAAAGCACAAGCAGAUCAAGAUCUCGUAGCAGUGAUCAUGGUAAAAGAAGAUCACGGAGCAGAACUAGAGAUCAUUAUUAUUUAAAAAAUAACUAUGGAAGCAGAUAUAAGUGGGAAUAUACUUACUAUAGUAGAAACAAGGAUAGGGAUGGCUAUGAAUCAUCUUACAGGAGAAAGACUCUGUCCAGAGCUCAUUAUUCCAGACAAUCUUCAAGUCCAGAAUUUAGAAUUCAGUCCUUUUCUGAAAGAACAAAUGCUAGGAAAAGAAAUAAUCACAGUGAAAGGAAAUACUACUACUAUGAAAGGCACAGAUCAAGGAGCCUGUCUAGUAACAGGUCGAAGACUGCAUCUACAGGACCUGACCGGGUGAGAAAUGAAAAGCCUGGAGGGAAACGAAAAUACAAAACUCGACAUUUGGAGGGUAGUAAUGAAGUGGCUCAGCCAUCUCGUGAAUUUACUUCUAAAGUAAAGGAAGGUCAUUGCCAAAAAUCUUCAUCAAAAUUGGAUGGAAAUUACAAAAAUGAGAGUGAUAGUGUUUCAGAUAGCCGAUCAUCAGACAGAGAGACAAGACACAAGAGAAGAAAAAGAAGAACCCGGAGCCUAAGUGUAGAGAUAGUUUAUGAAGGGAAAGCUACCGAUACAGCUAGACAUCAUAAAAAGAAAAAGAAGAAGCAUAAGAAGAAGCAUAAGAAGCACCAUGGAGAUAAUGUUUCACGUUCCCCAGUUGUAAUUACCAUUGACAGUGACAGUGACAAGGAUUCCGAGGUAAAGGAGAGUACAGAAUGUGACAAUAGUGGUCCUCAAGAUCCUCUACAAAGUGAAAAAUUUUUGGCUCCUUUGGAAACAUUUGAAACUGAAGAUAUAGUUACAAUAGAAGAUGAAGUUGGUGUUCUGGACAAAGAAUGUGAUAUUACUACAUUUAAUUUAAAUAAUGCCAACAAAGCUGAAGAUAAUACUCCACUUCAGCCAGCUUCAUUCGAACAAACUCUUGAUGUAAGAGAAGAAAGCACCUUUGCUGCUGAUUUGGAGGACCAGCCCAGUAAUGUGUCUUCAAACUGAGCCAUCAAGGCAACUGGCAUUUCCAUGGACAUCAUUGUCAGUGUUUCUUGGUAGAGACCAUGAUGCAUCUAAAAACUACCAAAGCAUCUCACC